AAAAGGUUUCCCUAAACUGUUUACAUGGUUUUGUUUGGUUUGAUGUGGUUUUGAAGGAGAUAACUCAUUUCAUUAAAAAAAUAUAUAUAUAUUGGUUUAUUUCGGUAAUAUUGUGUAGGCUAAAACUUUUACCAUGUCUCUUGCUGAUGAAUUGCUUGCUGAUUUGGAGGAUGACACUGAUGUCCCUCUUGUUCCAAUUGAAAAUGCUAUUGAUAUAGAGACCAAGGAGAUAGUUCCACUGGAAGAAGAAAUAAAGGUAACCUCUUUGGACCAACUCGUGAAAUUGUUUCAUUCUGAUAGACUGAAAAGGAUUCUUGUGGAAAUGGCUAAAUACCAAAUUGAAACAUCUGGUGGGGCCCAGCGAUCUAUAAUAGGCCCUGUUGAAGCUGAUCCUGAGUAUCAACUAAUUGUCGAAGCCAAUAACUUAGCAGCAGAAAUAGAUAAUGAAAUAGUUGUUAUACACAGGUUUGUUAGGGACAAAUAUUCAAAGCGUUUUCCGGAGUUGGAAUCACUAGUUGUUGAUCCACUUGAAUACCUGAGAACAGUUAAAGAAGUUGGUAAUGAUCUUGCCCAAGCCAAAAACAAUGAAGUUCUCCAACAGUUUUUAACACAGGCCACAAUCAUGGUUGUAUCAGUUACUGCGUCUACAACCCAAGGGGAGUUGCUUACAGAGAAGGAGUUGGCAGAGAUCUAUGAAGCCUGUGAUAUGGGAAUCAAUUUGAAUGGUAUUAAACUGAGGAUUUAUGAAUAUGUUGAAAGCAGAAUGUCUUUCAUAGCACCUAAUCUGUCUGCUAUCAUUGGUGCAUCAACCGCUGCAAAAAUAAUGGGUGUAGCUGGGGGGCUGACCAACUUGUCUAAGAUGCCAGCCUGUAAUGUCCUUUUACUUGGCAACCAACGCAAAGUUCUUGGUGGGUUCUCUCAGGUGACAGCUCUGCCCCACACUGGCUUCAUUUACAACUCUAGCCUGGUACAAGAAACACCACCGGACCUGAGAAGGAAAGCUGCAAGGCUGGUUGCUACCAAGUGUACAUUGGCAGCAAGAGUUGAUGCUUGCCAUGAGUCAAAGAAUGGUGCUGUUGGGCUUUCCCUUUUCCAGGAAAUAGAGAAGAAAUUAGAUAAAUUACAGGAACCACCACCUGUGAAGUUUGUUAAGCCUCUGCCUAAGCCUAUUGAUCCUCCUAGAAAGAAGCGGGGUGGUAAAAGAGUGAGGAAGAUGAAAGAACGCUACGCUAUGACAGAACUUCGUAAACAAGCUAAUAGACUUAAUUUUGCCGAGAUAGAAGAUGACGCCUACCAGGAGGAUUUAGGAUAUUCAAGAGGCACAAUUGGAAAGACUGGAACUGGGCGAAUACGUAUGGCUCAAGUUGAUGAAAAGACAAAAGUUCGUAUCUCAAAGACUUUGCAGCGUAAUCUGCAGAAACAGCAGGGUUGGGGUGGUAGUUCCACAGUGAGAAAGCAAGUUUCUGGAACCGCCUCAAGUGUAGCUUUUACACCUCUUCAGGGUCUGGAAAUAGUUAAUCCCCAAGCAGCUGAGAAAAGUGGUAUAGAAUCAAACAAAUAUUUCUCCAAUACUGCUGGUUUUGUUAAGAUACAGAAACCAUAACAAUUCAUUUAAAUGUAUAAAGUUGUGCUUAGCUAGAUAAUAGUUUGUAUUAUUAUAUUGAAAAUAGGUCAAUAAUGUUAAUUUAUUAAUUGUUUAAGAAUACAUUUUUUAUAUAAUCUCCUGAACUAUUAUUUUCCCUU